CACCUUGUUUAUAUAUAAAUACAAGUUAAGUUUGAUACCUCAAACCCAAUUCACUUCCUUCUCCUCUUACCCUAAUAAUUCCACCGCUACAACAUUCAUAACUUAAAAGUUGUAGGCAUUUACAUGGCAACCAUUCAAGCUUCAUGCAAGUUGUUUUCUUCUUCUUCUUCUUCUUCAUCAUGUUCUCGUAGAUUCAUGAUUAAAUCCAAUAUAUUUGUACCCCAAGUUCGGAUUAACGCUCCUCUUCAUCAUCUCCCUAAGCUUUCUACCAGAGGCUUGAUGGAGGAACUAGAAAGAAGAAAUGGUUACCGUGAAAUGGGAAGCCCAAUGGAAAAAGAUUCCAGAUCCUGGAUCAAUACUAAUAUUUCUACAUUAAAAAGUAGCGAACCUUCUGAUCCUAUGGUGAUAGCCAAGCUUUAUGCAAUAAUGGAGGCGGUGGCGGACCGGGUGGAGAUGCAUGAAAAUAUCGGAAAGCAAAGAGAUAACUGGAACCAUCUUCUUUUAACUUCCAUCAAUACUAUUACUCUCACUGCUGCUACCAUGUGUGGACUUGCGAGUGGCGCACCUCAAUCAGCCUUCAAGAUUUCCUCAACGAUUCUCUAUCUUGCAGCUGCUGGCAUGUUGACUAUAAUGAACGCUAUCCAACCAUCCCAACUAGCUGAAGAACAAAGAAACGCGUCCAGGUUGUUUAAGCAGCUAGCUGGUCAAAUUCAUACAACGCUGUCCAUUGGGAAUCCUACUAUGAAUGAUGUGAAACAAGCAAUGGAGAAUGUUUUAGCUCUAGAUAGGGCAUUCCCACUUCCAUUACUAGGUGCUAUGCUUGAAAAAUUCCCAUCGACUGUCAAGCCAGCAGUUUGGUGGCCACGACAAGAGCAAAGACAGCCCAAGAAACAUAGAGAUGGAAAUGGAUGGAAUAAAGAAUUGGAAGAUGAAAUGAGGGAGAUUGUUGGGGUUUUGAAGAGAAAAGACAAGGCAGAUUACUCGAGAUUAGGAGAAGUCGCCCUAAAAAUUAACAAGAUAAUGGCUAUUUCUGGUCCUUUAUUAACCAGCCUUGCAGCAAUAGGCUCAGCUUUUGCGGGUAGUAAUCCGUGGGCAGCCAUAGUAGGAGUGGGUUGUGGGGCUUUAGCAAGCAUUGUAAAUGCAAUUGAGCAUGGAGGCCAAGUCGGUAUGGUAUUUGAGAUGUAUAGGGGCAAUGUUGGUUUCUUCAAGCUUAUGGAAGAGACUAUAGAAUCAAAUAUUAAUGAAAGAGAUGUUAGGAGGAGAGAAAAUGGAGAAAUGCUUGAAAUGAAGGUCGCUCUUCAGUUAGGUAGGAGCCUUUCAGAGCUAAGGAAUCUUGCUGCAUCUACUUCGCCAAGAAAUGAGGAGACUGCUGAAGAAUUUGGUAGCAAGCUUUUUUAAUUAUUAAUUAGUAGAGCUUAGCCUUGACUAUUCUUCUUAACUUGAUGUGAUCAUAUAACAUAAGUUGAUUUAUGUACAUAACUGCAGAUCAUGGUUAAAUUGAUUCAGUUUGUAUAA